AAAAUGAAAAAAAUCUAAUUAUAUUUGUGUUCAUUUUUCUUCUUGGUUUCCUGCAAUUUCAAUCGCUCUUCAAAUUCUCCAUAUAAUCCGAUCUCCAAUUUCCUUCUUCUCUCUCUCACAACUUUCCCCCCUUUUUUCUCUGUUGAAUUUCUCCUUAAAUUCUGUGCCACAAUUUUCUGUGCUCGAGAGCGCGCGGAGGAGAUCAGGAUCUCCGCCGUGAGCUCGCCGGAACGUGACGUCAUCUCCGGCCAGAAGCGGAGGCAAAGCGAGCAGGAAAACGCCGAGACAGAGGGAGAAUUCAUAUGUAAAAUAUUUUAUGCAGAGAUUAUUCAAACAAGAGAGAGAAAGAGAGAGAGCAUAGAUGAUGAUACAUGUGGUUAACGUGCAAUGUAGGGAAAACAGCAAAGGAAAAAUAUGAAGAGAGAGAAAGGCAUCGAGGAAGCGUUGGAGGAGGUUGUUUGCACGGCACAGAUACCUAGAUCUCUUCUUCAAUCUCCCUUACCCUUGCCUUUUGCCGCAAUUUAUUCCGUUUCAUUGUCAUUCUUAAAUUCCGAGAUGAUUUUCCCUUCUUAAAAUCCCUUCUGCUCGUUUCUGUGUUUUAUCUGAUUUUUUUCCUGAGAAAUGAUGCUGUAAUUUUACAGGUUCUGUCUGAAGCUGUAUCUUCUUAACUUCCACAAGAAUUGACGUUUUUGUGAUUGGUGGAAGCUAAGGGGUAAUUUUAUUUUUAAGGAUCAACCAAGCUAUCUAAAAUGAUGAACUCUCGGGGUUUUUCUCCUUCGUCCUUCUUUUCAGAGGAGGUGCGCUUGUCUGAUGAGAAACAGGUUGGUAUGAAGAAGAUGGACCAAAUGAGUGAUUAUGCAGGUUUUAAACUAGAUGGGAUUUUAAGGCCUGAAGGUGUUGCUUCAUCGCCACAUGAAAAUGGAAUCCCAUUCAAUUCACAUAUGGGGAAUGGUUUUGCUCUUCCUGACUAUUAUCUCACUCGUGGUCGUAAUGUUAACCUUCCAUUUGGAAAGCAUCUUGUUGGAGCAGAUAGAGCAGUCAGCCGCUCCUUGCCUAGCGCUGUUGAUCAUGAUCUGGGUUCUAGAACUAAUUCGAACAUAGAGCCUGUGCCAUAUUGUUUUGAUGGAGAUAACAUAAACCUCACGGGUGCUCAGUACGAAAAUGGCCUUUUUUCAAGUUCUAUGUCGGAUUUAUUUAGUAGAAACUUAAAAUUGUCAUCUAACAAUGGUCAAUAUGGUCACUCCUUUGCUACUGCUGCCUCCCAUUAUGAGGAAGAGGAAGUUUUUGAAUCACUGGAAGAACUUGAGGCUCAAACUAUUGGUAAUCUUUUACCAGAUGAUGACGACUUGCUUUCUGGUGUGACUGAUGGGUUUGGCAGUUUUAAGAGAACUAAUAAUGUGGAAGAUGUGGAAGAUCUAGACCUGUUUAGCAGUGUUGGUGGAUUGGAACUUGGAGAUGAUAGCUUCUUGCAAAGAAAUACUGAACUUUCUGAUUUAAAUUCUAUCAAUCAGCUGGGAAUAUCUCUGGGCUCGAACGGUGGGGAACACCCGUUUGGGGAGCAUCCUUCUAGGACACUUUUUGUAAGAAAUAUAAAUAGCAACGUUGAAGACUCUGAAUUGAGAACACUUUUUGAGCAAUACGGAGAUAUCCGCACUCUGUAUACGGCAUGCAAGCAUAGGGGGUUUGUUAUGAUCUCAUAUUAUGAUAUAAGAGCAGCCUGCAAUGCAAUGAAAGCUCUUCAGAAUAAGCCAUUGAGGCGUCGGAAACUUGAUAUACAUUUCUCAAUUCCUAAGGAUAAUCCAUCAGAAAAGGAUGUAAACCAGGGUACUGUUGUGAUUUUCAACCUUGAUUCUUCUGUUUCAAAUGAUGAACUCCGUGAAAUAUUUGGUGUCUAUGGUGAAAUCAAGGAGAUUCGUGAUUCUCUGGGCAUGUCUUAUCAUAAAUAUGUAGAGUUCUAUGAUGUCAGAGCUGCAGAAUCUGCACUUCGUGCGUUGAACCGGAGUGACAUUGCUGGAAAGCAGAUUAAGCUUGAACGAGGUCGGCUUGAUGGCUCCCAAAGAUUCAUGCAGCCUAUUUCUUCUGAACUGGAGCAGGAAGAAUCUGGUUUUCUGUUUCAGCAUAGCCCUUCGAAUAACUUAUCAAGUGGAUUUUCUGCAGGAUCACUUUCGCUUGGGGGGACAUUGUCCGGUACAGAUAAUGGAAUUCAUGGUCAUCUCUCGACAAAUGGAGGUCAUAUGGGAUCUCUCCUGGAUAAUGUGCUGCAACAUGGCGUAUCAUCUAGUGUGCCUAACAGCUUACCAUCUCUAAUAAGAGUUGAAUCUGGAAAUCAAUCCAAUAUCGCUGAAUCUGGCCAUCAACGGAACCACCCGAAAUUUGAGCUCCAGAGCCAGUCAAAUCUCCAUCCGCAUUCUCUUCCUGAAUAUCAUGAUGGUUUAGCAGAUGGGCCUCUCUUCGGUUCUCCAAGUGAUAUGGCUGCAAAUGUUAAUUCUCGGCCUCCAGAAAUAAUUGAUGGCCAGCAGUUCCGCAGAAUUAGCUCCAACGGACAGUCGAUCGAGUUAAAUGAAGUUUUUGGUUCCGCUGGAAACGGGAGUUGUCCUCCUCCUGGGCGUCAUUACAUGUGGGGUAAUUCCCAUCAUCCACAACAACCUCAGGCUGUUUUAUGGCCCAACUCACCAUCAUAUGUCAAUGGUAUUGGUGCUGCUCAUCCUUCACAGAUGCAUGCUGUACCUCGAGCACCAUCUCAUAUGAUGAAUCCACUUCUAUCUAUAAAUAGCCAUCAUGUUGGAUCAGCACCUUCUGUCAAUCCUUCUCCAUGGGAUAGGCGGAAUGCCUUUGCAGGGGAGUCGCCUGAUGCUACUUCUGUUUUCCACCCCGGUUCGCUAGGGAACAUGAGAAUUUCUGGUAAUUCCCCACAUCCACUGGACUUUGUCCCUCAUAAUUUCUUUCCACGCCCUGGUGGAAAUUGUAUGGAUAUGCAAAUGUCUUCCAAGAAUAUCGGACUACAUCCCCAUCACCAGAGGGGCAUGAUUUUUCCUACAAGAGGCCAAAUGCUUCCUAUGAUGAGUUCAUUUGAUUCUCCUAAUGAACGAACUAGAACCCGAAGAAAUGACUGCAAUUCAAGUCAACCUGACAACAAAAAGCAGUUUGAGCUUGAUUUAGAGCGAAUUGCACAUGGAGAUGAUAAACGGACCACACUUAUGAUAAAGAACAUUCCUAACAAGUACACGUCAAAGAUGCUUCUUGCUGCAAUUGAUGAACGUCACAGAGGAACUUAUGAUUUCAUCUACUUACCUAUUGAUUUUAAGAACAAAUGCAAUGUAGGUUAUGCCUUCAUAAACAUGACUGAUCCUAAACUUAUAGUGCAUUUUUAUCAGUCUUUUAAUGGAAAGAAAUGGGAGAAAUUUAAUAGUGAAAAAGUUGCAUCUUUAGCAUAUGCUCGGAUCCAGGGGAAGGCUGCCCUCAUUGCACACUUCCAGAAUUCAAGCUUGAUGAACGAAGACAAAAGAUGUCGUCCUAUACUUUUCCAUACAGACGGUCCAAAUGCAGGCGAUCAGGUCCCAUUCCCAAUGGGUCCCAACAUUCGACCAAGGCCUGGAAAAACCCGAACCAGCACCUCCGAUGACAACAAUCAAGACUUCCCAUCAAACUCUCUAAACGGGGAGGACUAUUACAACGGAGAAUCAUCUUCUGGUUCGGGCAAAGAUUCAGACUGAGUUUUGCGACACAACUAACCUCGUAGAAACUGAACAAACGCAGGCUAGUGAUUGUACCGGAAAUUUUGCUACUGUACAUUAAAGUUUGGUAUGGUUAAGAAGAAAGAGCAGAGGGUAGAAAUUGACAAUUUGCCUGACCAAAGGAGCAACAUCAUGGAGCUUCGAAAUUUUGAAUAUCGACAUUUUGAGGAGUUUGAUUAUGUUGUGUGUUUGUAUAGAGAGAGAGCAUGCAAAAUAUGGUGUAUGGAGACCAUUCUCUUAUUUUGCUCUUGGCACUUUUUGUUUGGCCCCUCUUUCAUCUUCUCUUGUUUUUUGGGCAAUUUGCUAAGAGAAGUCAAGUAACAAACUACUAGAAAAAAUUUUGUUGUGUCAUUCAUGGAUGGAUUGCAUCAUUUUCUUUUUUCUGACUAUAUGUAAUUUUCACUUCUAUAUCCACUCAUUUCAUUUCUACC